AUGAAACUUUUCGGAAUCAACAAAAUUAUGGGCCACUGCCGGAGCUCGGACCAGAAGCGGCUUGAAGCUGGCCAGCUGGAGGUUAAGGAAAGCCAUUCUGAAUCUCUUAAAGGAAAAAGCGAAGGAGACGCCCCCGAGUCGUCCCAGCAACUCCAGCAGAAGAGUCCUGUCCCCAAGAAACCGUGUCCCAAUGGCGAGACCCCACCCGGCGAGAACCUAUAUAUCCUGAAGAACUGCGAUCAUUGUGCGGACUUUACUGUAGGUCCCUGCAAAAAAUGUCGGUGUGCUCGAAGGCCAGAAUGUUCCAGGCAAUGCCAUAAUACGCCGAAGCCGACAUCUCAGGAAAGCAUGUCGCCGGAAGAGCCCGUUUCCAUCGACACACCGCCGAGUACUACUGUGCCGGAGCCCUCCCGUCAUUUGGGUGGAAAGUGCGGGCCGCAGGUCUGUCAGGUCUGCAGGCAGCAGGAAGUCACUGAAAAGCACACAUGCCUGUGCACCAACUGCAAUGCCAAGAUCCAGGAUGCUGUGAAUGAAGUCUAUGUCCAAUGCCAGGGCCAGUGUCAAAAAGAAGGUCCUUCCCAGGCGCCGCCUCCCACUGCGUACCAACCCGGCCAGCAGGGAGGUCAAUGGCAGCAGUUCAAUCAAGGUUAUAAUUCGGGUGACCGAAAUGCCAAUCCUUACAACAUAAUCGUGGUUCAAGACUGCGACAAUCAUGCGUUUAUGGAACAACUCACCUCGGCCAUUAGUCGAGGUGCACCUCAAGCGGGAGGACCACAGAUGGGAGGACCCCAGAGAUGGAAUCCGCCAAACAAUGGCUUCCAAAAUGUAGGUGGUGUGGUGGACUAUCAGUAUCUGGACUUGAAUGGUGAACGUGGUGGAUACGACAAUCCCCGGGAUGGAGGCUACGACUACGGCUAUGAGAUGGGUCGGCCGCCCAUGGAUGAGCAGUACUUACCGGAGUUUGAGGACAGGUACGCAAGACGCGACUCCAGAAGCACCGGGAACCGGGGAUGCAAUCGCAACACUUGUCCGAGAAGAACGGAAUCGAACCAGUUUCCGGAAGGGGAACGCAAAGAGGACGCAACAACCUGCACUUGCAACUGCCCCAUAUGCCGCAAGGGCUUCGAGACCAAGGAAAAGCUUGCCAUGCUGAUUGCCCAGGCCCUGGAGAUCUUCAUCAUGGGAUAUCAGGCCAAGCAGAGCCCGGUGACGGAAAAGAAGGAUAAGAAGGGGAAAAAGGACAAGAAGGAUAAAAAAGACAAAAAGGGCAAAGACAACAAGGACAACAAAAAUAACAAACAGCGAAAGGGCAAGGGGAUGCACGAGAAUAGACCCAAGGCGUUGCCCAGAUCGCGAUCAGGUGGUAAGGCGGAAUCUGGUCCUUCUUCUCCAGCAAGUUCCAGGCAGAACUUUCCCCAAGACAACAGCCAAUACCCCAAUUUCGCUCUUCCUUCCAAGGACCCAAAUCCGUACAACAGGGACCCCGGUGAUUCGCUGGAAAACACGUCCAAUCCCUUUAGUCAAGGCUCCAAGAACUCCAAUCCGAGGAGUUUAUUCCAAGGGUCAUCUAAGAACUUCCAAAAGGCGGAUCGCAUCAGUCAGGGGUCAAAGAACUCCCAAAGGUCCCAGAACGCCCCGCCGCCAACGGAUGACUUCUUUCUGCCCAACUGCCAAGAGCAUCGCUGCAAGUACAACUGCGGCGGACUCUGCUCCCGGCCGCCCCACAAUUGCGGCAAAGCCUGCAAGGGCCACUGCCGAGGUGCCUGCUCCAUUUCCAAGUCCGGAGCCGGUGACGGACGCAGUCGCAGCAAGAAUCGCGGCCCCCAACUCCCCGCCCAUCGACACUCUCGCUGCGAGCAGUGCAACAAAAUCGAGGGGCGUCAGUGGCAGGAGGUGGACUCCUGCCCCGGGAACGCCCACUCCGGCACCAAGUCGGGAACAGGGUGCGCCGGCUGUGGCAACUCGCAGGACAGAAACGAAGGAGGCGGGAGUAGACGUGGCCGGAACACCCUGAUGGGACUCAGCCCCAUUGCCCACUAUCGUCCUGGGAUGCUGCAGUUUCCCGUCAACUACCUCCUGGCAGGCACUCAAUUCCGGCGCAGACUAUCCCGCACCGCCGCCGGAGUUACGCUCCACCAACGACCCUAUGUGGACGAGGCGGAUGUCAAGGAUCUGCCCAUUUUCCCGCUGAAACGACAGGAGAGCACCCUGGACACGCCGGUGCCCCCCAAAAAAUGGCUUUGAGCUCCAGAGCGCGCCUUCGGAAUUUAUGCAUUGUAUGCAAUCGAAGAGCUGUCGUUCGUCUUCGAUCGGUAAAGUGCAUAAGUUCGGCCAGUCGCGUAGUGGUUUAUAGUUUUAGUGCUCCAGAAAUUUCCAGUAUAAUACCAGUAAUAUAAUAGCAGUUUUUGAAUACCUCAAGUACAAUAAACCAAUUUCAAUAAAAUGCAACA